CCAGAAGCGCUAUUGUCGGGAAAGCGGAGUUGAUCAAUUCAGCACCACAGGUGUGGACAGUGCCACUAGCCUAUACACGGACAGGCAAACGCAAGGCGUAUGGAUGCAGUAGUGGAGAGCCAGACAGACAUUCGCUGUUGUAGAAUGGUACAUGGGACUGAUUAUUGAAUUAAGUUGAGUGGCUAGCUGGGCGCACCCUUAUUUUAAUGACUUCAAGAACUAAUGGCUGAAUACAUCACUCGCCUGCCAUGAGACCAUCCUAAAAGCACAACUUUAUCGAAAACACAACUCUAUCGACAUAUCCUAUGAAAAAUGGGUUCCCUAUCGAUGUGUGCACGCCAUUCAGGGGGUGUGGUGUGAACUCACUCGUUCCCGGUCACGCUGGUGUGUGUGUGUGUGUGGUGAGUGGAGCUCGCGCAGCACAGAGAAAGCGCACUCAAAGCUCGCGCAGGCACCGGAAAGUGGGGAUAUAGUGCGCGGCGGCAUGGCUUCGUCUCACGGGAAAAACGAACACCGGUUCGCCGACUGGAUGGCGAAUUUACCGGAGAGCAUGCACCGCAUCCCGCUUACCAACCUGGCCAUUCCAGGUUCCCAUGACUCCUUCAGUUUCUACAUAGACGAGUCCUCUCCGGUGGGUCCUGAGCAGACUGACGCUGUCCAGAACUUUGUGUCGGUCUUUGGCACGGUGGCCAAGAAGCUGAUGCGUAAAUGGCUGGCCACUCAGACUAUGAACUUCUCCAGCCAGCUGGAGGCCGGCGUCCGCUUCUUUGACCUGCGCAUUUCCACCAAGCCCCGGGACCCAGACAACGAACUCUUCUUCGCUCAUGGCCUCUUCAGCGCCACGGUGAGAGAAGGUCUGGAGCAGAUCAGCUCCUUCCUGUCGGCCCAUGCCAGAGAGGUUGUGUUCCUGGACUUUAACCACUUCUACGGGGUUCAGAACCUGCACCAUGAGAAGUUGGUCUCAAUGCUGAGAGACGUGUUCGGGGAGAAACUCGCCCCCGUCGUCUUCGCUCAGGAGGUGAGUCUCCAGUACAUGUGGGAGAAAGAGUACCAGGUAUUGGUGUUCUACCACAGUCCUAUGGCCCUGGAAGUGCCAUUUCUAUGGCCUGGUCAGAUGAUGCCUGCUCCCUGGGCCAACACCACUGACCCUGAAAAGCUGAUCCAGUUCCUCCAGGCCUCUGUGGCUGACCGCAGGAGGAAGGGAACAUUCUUUGUCUCCCAAGUGGUCCUCACACCUAAGGCCAGCACCGUCAUGAAAGGAGUAGCCAGCGGACUGAGGGAGACCAUUACAGAGAGGGCUCUUCCAAGUAUGAUGCUGUGGAUCCGGGCCCAGAGGCCAGGAGAGAGCGGCAUCAACAUCAUCACAGCUGACUUCGUGGAGCUGGGAGACUUCAUCAGCGCUGUCAUCACGCUCAACUAUCAUAUGGAUGAUGAGGAGGAAAACGCCACCUGAGACUGAAAGACAGGGGGUGCCAAAGAGUUAAGUCGUCAGCUCAGUCUCACUUUCUCUUUGGUGUUCAUUUUCAGGAGAGGCGUUCCUCUGACUUAUUACAUAGGGCUAUCAGAGUUUACAGAGGAAGAGAGAGAGAGAGAGAGGAGGGAGAAGGAGACAUUAAGAUAGGAGGAGAAAGGAAGGUGGAGGUGGAGAUAGGGAGGAUGGACUUUGGCGCUCGUUAAAAGCGCCGAAAGUGAAUGAGAAAUGUUUGGUUUUAUCUGUUUUGGGGGUCAAAAGGGCAAUUGGUUUUUAACGACGCUUCGCUUGGCUUCGCUUCAAAUCUGCUGUAACGAUAACUGCUUCUAUCCUCCAAUCACACAAGCUCGUGUUUCUGGCAUUUCCAUUUCUUAUGAGGCUUAGGCUAGCUUAUUAGCAUAUUCUACAGACAUAAAUGUUGUUCGUAUUUUAGUGACAGUGACGGCCAGCCUACAUCAAAACUCCUUUUCAUUGGUGCCAGUAAUACAUCUGAUUGUCGUCAACCUGAUUAGCAUGUCAACUACUCACCCACGGCUGUAGAACUUACUUUAUGAUGGAUGGAUGGAUGGAUGGAUGGAUGGAUGGAUGGAUGGAUUGGUUGAUUGAUUGAUUGAUGGAUGGAGCUUCCCAAAUAGUUAUUAUAGUUUUUCGGAUCUCUUUCUACAAUUAUUGAUUAUUUUGUCUCUGUAUCAGUCCUGUCACCACAAUGCGUAAAUUGAUAACUUCUCCUUGCAGUGCGUUGAUUUAGCUCCUAGACCACCUGUAACAGCACUUUCCCUAUGUGACAGAUUGCCAGACCGAUUGAUAUUUGUGUGUGUUUUGAUUGAUUGCCUCGCUCGAGUGCCCUCUGUAGCGUAUUGUAGAUCAGUGUUUCCCAACCCUGGUCCUCAAGCUCCCCCAACAGUGCACAUUUGUAUUGUAACCCUGGACAAGCACACCUGAUUCAACUUGUCAACUAAUCAUCAAGUCCUCAAUGAGUUGAAUGAGGUGUGUUUGUCAAGAGCUACAACAAAACUGUGAACUGUUGGGGGUACUUGAGGACUAGGGUUGGGAAACACUGUUGUAGAUGACCAUAAAACAGGUUUAAUUUCAAUGUUUCUCAUAAUGGCUUGAUAUCAUUCUAAUCUCAUGUAGGUGUCUGUUGUACUGAAAUAUUCACCACAAUAUUUGUAUAUAUUUUUUUUUAAUCAUUGAACUUUUCUUCUGUUCAUUUACUUGUAUAGAAUAUAAUAGAAUAGCUAUCUGUUGGUUCACUAUUACUCAUGUGUUUGCCUGCUUAAUUGCAUUCAAUCUAGUAGAAAGAUGUUUCCCUUGCUUUGCUCUGCACCUAUUCAGGACAAACUGUAAAUGCUCAACUCGGAAGAAAAGUUAUAUUUGAAGUGGCACUUGCGGCGUAGUGAGGAAUACAAUAUGAAUCACAUUUUCUUUGCUAAAAUUUGUUUUGCACAUUAUGCAAGAACUUCGCAUAUAUAUAUCAAAAGCUUUGCCUCAUCGUCCCCCCCCACAAAAAAAAAUGUUACGAUUAUUGUUGCAUCUUUUACAGAGAAUGUAUUCUGAGAAAUUGUUAUGUAAACUAAUAUGUUUAUUGUGAACCAAAAAAAGGAGGAAAUGUUACAUUUUGAAUAUGUGAAUGUGUGUCCUGUAUGAAAAUGUGCCAUUUCCAACGUUUUUCAGUGUGUGUGUGUGUGUGUGUGUGUUUUUAUGUAAGAGAGGGACAGACAGACAGACAGACGGACGGACGGACGGACGGACGGACGGACGGACGGACGGACGGACGGAGGGAGGG